AGCUUCUCAGUAUGCUAGCAAGUAGCAGAGAAGUGAAAGAGGAGAAUCUUUUAGAGGCCAUACAAACUUUCGAAAUUGUAGUUUUUAUAGCUUUUAUACCUUACUGGUUUAGUUAAUUAAUAACUGUAUGUCUAGCAUUGGUGGGAGUCGAGGAGUUAGCCUCGCUGUGAAUCUACCAACAGCCUACUAAAUGAUACUGUUAGCCUGACAGCUAAACUUGCUGUUGGCAACUGGUUUCUCUCAGCAUCGAUGAGGAAACCCAACGCUGGCAUAAACAAGACUGACCAUCUUGUCUUGAGAUAGCCAGCUGGCCGCUUGUAUAAGAAAGAGUACAACAAAAUGACAGAGGAUGCCGUCCUGCUGGAUGUACCUGUCAUUCGGCAGCUAUACCACUGGGACUGUGGGUUAGCCUGCUCCAGGAUGGUCCUGAAAUACCUCCAUCCAGUCAGUGAGGAGGAGUUUCAGAGAGCCUGCUGGGAGCUGAAGCUGACAGAGAGUGUGUGGACUAUUGACCUGGCCUACCUCAUGUGCCAUCUAGGAAUCAAACACUGCUUUUGCACACAGACUCUGGGUGUUGACAAGGGCUUUAGGAAUCAGUCCUUUUAUAAGAAACAUUUUGACACAGAAGAAGACAGAGUGAAUGAACUCUUCCUUAAAGCAGAUAACAAAGGUGUGGUGGUGAAGAAAUGUUCUGUGAUGGUUCAGGAAAUUCAGUCCCAUCUGGAGCAGGGACAUGUUGCCAUAGUGCUGGUCAACGCUGUGGUCUUGACAUGUGAACUCUGUUCCUCGCCUGUCAAAUACUGCUGCUUCCUGCCUGUGGGUCAAAAAUGUUUCUGCAGGAAACCAGAGUACCAGGGUCACUUUGUGGUAGUGUGUGGCUUCAACAGGACCACUGGCUGCAUUUUCUACAACAAUCCUGCAUAUUCUGACCGGGUGUGCUGCACCAGCAUCAGCAACUUUGAGGAGGCUCGGCGGAGCUAUGGGACCGAUGAGGAUAUCCUAUUCAUCUUUAGGGAGAGUUGAUAGACAGGGAUGAUGGACUCUUCCUCAGCCCAUUAGUAUAGUGACACAAUGCUAGUCAACAGCCUUAGACUGGUGGAUCUCCUUGUUGUCUGUUAUCACAGAUCCUCUGGGCCACCCCCCUCAGUGCUAAUAAGCUCCUACUGCUCACAUGAACGAUACUUGGCUGCAGAGUCACCCCCCCCCCAUGUACCACCGGACUCAUGAAGGAUUAACAGCUGAGAAGUCCAAUAAUCGAAGUUGAACUCCUUUUUUAGAUGAGCAGAUAGUUCAAAUGACUUGUAUCAUGUCCUUAUUAAAUUUUAAUGACUGGUUGCUCAUAUUUGGAGCUACUCAGUAUUUCAGACUUGUGAAACUACAGCAGAUGAAAUGGGGGAAUCAUGAUAUAAAAUAGGAGCUACCAGGAAAUAAUGUGCACAUAAUUCAUGAUGAUGAUAUUUAGUAUAUACAAUCUAUUUGUGCUAUUUAGUGUUUGAAGCCUCACCUCCACUUGCCUUUUUACAAAAAGUCCUCCUGACUCACCUCUCAGUCAUUUUUUAUUCUGAUGAUUUUAACAACAGGGAAUACAGGAAGUAGUUGUGUUUUGAGACUCUCAGGUCCUAAAACUAGUUCAAUGCAAUACUCCAUAGUGUGUCUAUGGAACUCAGUCUACCUGCUGAAGAACACGGACAGUGUAAUGACACACUAAAACAUAAAGUCACCAGUUUCAUUCACUUCACUGGAAAGAAACCAGCUCUUGUGUUUUGGAUGUGGCAGGACGCUGGAUAGAUGGAUGCAUUGUAUGGUUGUUUGAUCAAGUUGCAGAACACAGGUGUAAUUUGGACUCAGUGUUGUUCUCUGUUAACAGCAGUGAAGACCAGGUAAUUUCAUCAUUAUCCCUCAGUUUUAUUUUUUAAAUUUUGGUAUCAUGUAUGUUUUUGCACUUUUCAAACAAGACAGUUAGAUGUUAUUUAAAUUAAAAUUGUUAUCAUGACAUAGUUUUCUUUCUGGUCGUGACACUAUUUUAAACCUCAAAUUUUAUUUUUUAUUACACAUAAAGCUGCAUUUACAAUAUGUUGUGAAUAAAGGAUUUGAACAUGCACUCAUUUGCUUUGUAUGUUCCAUCUUUGUAAUGUUUUUCUGGUACAUGAGUAUUGAGGUGCUUUCAGGUUAAACCUCAUUGUGUACUAAGAUUCUGACAGACAUUGAGGGAAUAAAAUCAGAUCUGGGUCUUGUU